GAUAAAGUCAAAUAGUCAAAUAAAAAGUUGGGUCAGUCUGUCAUUUAAACAAAAGUGAGACAUUUCCGUUGUCAGUCUUCAGUGGAAGAGUAGAUCAAUUUUGGGCAUCGUUGAAUCAGUUGUGAAUACACAUUCUUGGACAUAAUGAAGUUGGCUGUGCUCAUCGCGUUCGGAUUUUUCGCCGUGGCUCACGCCGGAGUUGGAAUCUUAUCCCCACAAGAAGAAGCUGAUGUACUGCAGCUUUUCGCAAAAUUGUGUGGAUCUCGAUCCGAAGGUGGUGACUGGGGAGGGGCCCGAGUUUGGUGCAAGUUUGGACCUGGUGAAAAUGUCGAAAUUGUGAACCACAAUGUCGAAGUGCCAGCCCCUGCCAUUCCGGAUUCAGUUGUUUUCGUGCAACCUCCUCCAGUUACCUACAAACACAACGUUGCCGUCCAAGGAGGCGUCGGCAUUGCUCCACGAACCAAGAUUUACGUCCUUCCACAACGGUCUCAACACUCCAUCACGAGUCAGUACAACCCCGGAGAUGUGGUCACUUCCAAGCCAAACGUCUAUUUUCUUAAAUCCACUGGAGAAGAAGGGUUCCGAUAUGGAACUCCGGCUCCCCCCGGUAUCGCAGGAUACGCAUAAGUUUUAACAAAAUUGAGAUUAUUGUGCCGUCGAAUAACUUAGUUUGGUAACUGGUUAAAGUAUUAAAGUUUGAAAUGAGUACAAUUAAAGUGUUGCAUAACUUAUGAUUUUUUUGAACGAGAAUAAAUGUGAGUUGGAAAUUAA